CGACUUGAAACUCUAAUUUUUUUUGAUAUCUCACUAACUUUGUCUAUUUUGGUAACAUUGGUAGCAAUAUCAUUAUCAUGAACAAACAUAGACCUUUCUUUAUAAGCACUAUUAAAAACCUCAAUUCUGAUUUCUAUACUCACAAAUAUUGAACUAUAUUAUUAUAUCUCUAUUUUCUUGUGGCUGCAACUAUGGAUGAGUUUCAAUGUCCCAACAACACAUCAACGGAACACGAAUUUCAUUCAACCUUGCGUUCAUCUCCAUCAUUUGAAAUAUACAACAAAUCUCAUGUUCAUCAUGAUUACGACAACCACAACCACCCAGAACAUGUUUUGAAAAUAACUGCUUUGACUUUGGAAUCCAGUGUUGGUAGUGCUGAGUUCAGCUUUGAAAGGAACAAGAUGGAUUUGAUUGAGGAAGCAGAGAAUGAAAAAGAGAAUGAAAUUGAUUGGUCAAUUGGGAUUAAGAAUUUGAGUGUUGAAGAAGAAGAAGAAGAUGAUGAUGAUGAUGGACCAGCUACUCCUCCUAUGUAUCUUGCAGCAGGGCUUGGAAUUGACGGUGGUGAAGUUGUGUCUGAUAGUAAUCUUAUUAGUGAUGAUAUAUUUGUUCAUAAUUUGCAUGAAAGUGAGGAUCUUGAAGAGUAUUAUAAGAGAAUGGUUGAUGGUUAUCCCUCACAUCCUUUGAUUCUGAAAAAAUAUGCACAUUUUUUACAAGGUAAGGGGGAACUUGAAGAUGCUGAGGAGUACUUUCAUCGUGCUACUCUAGCUGAUCCUAAUGAUGGUGAAAUCUUGAUGCACUAUGCGAAGCUGGUGUGGGAGAAUCGUCGUGACAGAGAUAGAGCAUUGUUCUAUUUUGAGCGCGCAGCUCAAGCUGCACCUAAUGACAGCAAUGUUCUUGCAGCAUAUGCUAGUUUUCUCUGGGAAACAGAAGAUGAUGAGAAUGACAUGGAAAAACAAGAUACUGGACCUGUCAAGACCUCAAAAGAAGAAAAUGGUGCAGAAAAUCUUACAGCAGCUAAUUUCAAUGAAGAGAGUAAUGAUGCAGAUUAUUUGAAGAAGAUGGUUGAUGACAAUCCUAACAAUCAUUUGUUUCUGAAAAAAUAUGCUCAGUUUCUGUUUCAGUCAAACAGUGAUGUUGAAGCAGCAGAGGAUUACUACUCAAGAGCGAUCUCGGCUGCUCCCCACGACGGUGAAAUAAUAUCAGAAUAUGCUAAACUACAGUGGGAACGUUAUCAUGAUCAGGAAAAAGCUUUGUCUUUAUUUGAGCAAGCAGUUCAGGCUACCCCUGGAGAUAGCAAUGUUCUUGCAGCAUAUACAUGUUUUCUUUGGGAAACAGAAGACAAUGAAAACUGAAUUCAAAGGCAAAGUCAGGUUCAAUAAAUCUUCUGCGGAAAAGGCCAUGAUUGUUGCUACUUUUCACAACAGCUCGUUAGAACAGCCGCAAAGAAAGGAUCCUAGUUAAAGGAUAAUAAAGAAAACCAAGACACAAUUAAUAGAGGGAACAGCAAGAUUAGCUCAUAGUUAUUGCAUUUUUUGUUGAUUUUUUCUUCUUAUUUUUAGAAUAACAAAUUUAACUACAGACCCUCUUCUCUUAUACUGCAACUUUUGUAUGGAUAGAGUUGUAAAUCUUUCACCAUAAGCAGCUGUUUGCUGAAUACUAGUUGAUAGCUUUUUUAAUUUAUACCGACUAUAAUCAGCUCUCAGCAAACUAAGACAA